UACUUUCUUUUCUCCUCUCUCCUAUUUCCCAACUCUCUCUUUCUCACUCUAGCCGCCGCCACAACCGCCGCAAUGUCAAGUUCAAUCCUUGAAGACGGCUUCUCCUCCGAUCGGCUCUUCAACCAGGGCUACUCCUACACCUACGAUGACGUCAUCUUCCUUCCUCACUACAUCGACUUCCCCACCGACUCCGUCCAUUUGGCCACCAGCCUCAGCCGCCGCGUUCCCCUCUCGAUCCCCUGCGUCUCGUCCCCCAUGGACACCGUCACCGAGGCCCACAUGGCCAUUUCCAUGGCCGCCCUCGGCGGCAUCGGCAUCAUCCACUCCAACACGACGUCGUCUGAGCAAGCCCACAUGGUUAAAGCCGUCAAAUCCCGGCGCAUCCCGGUUCUUUCCAAUCCCGUCUUCAAAUCCCCAAGCGAUCGAAUCCAAUCCGACGACGUCUUGGACUCUUCCAACCCCUACGUCCUGGUGACUGAGAAUGGGAGUCCCAGUUCGAAGCUUUUGGGGUACGUGGCGGGUAGAGAUUGGGCGAAAUUAGGAGAAAAGGAGGUGAAGAUAUACGAUUAUAUGGUGAACUGUACGGACUUCACGGUGCCGUGGAGUUACGAUUUGGGGCGGAUUGGGGAGCACAUGGAAGAGAAAAGGCGAGAUGUUGGAUAUUUGGAUGUGGUUGGUGGGAAUGUGGUGACGGUGAGUCAGGCGCAGAAUUUGAUUCAGGCUGGUGUUGAUGGGUUGAGGGUUGGAAUGGGAUCUGGCUCCAUUUGUACCACACAAGAAGUCUGCGCCGUCGGGCGGGGGCAGGUAAAUUCUGGACACAUUGUCAAGGCUUUGGUCCUUGGGGCUUCAACUGUCAUGAUGGGAAGCUUCUUAGCUGGAAGCACUGAGGCUCCUGGGGCUUAUGAGUAUCAGGUAUGUCUGGGAGAUGACGCAUCUUUUAUUGCCAGAACAGAUAUGCUGCUCACACCAGAAAAUAAAACUUUACUUUCACACUUCUACCCUGCAUGAGUGUUACUUGAAUAU